AAUUUUCCCCAUGCCGCUGCGAAAGUCUCGCCCCAGCCUUCACUCUCCGUGGAAGCGGAACUUGCGCGCUCUAAUCCCCCCCUUUAUGCUCCGAAGCAGACCUCCGACCACCCUUCCACCUCCCUGAGACGCAAGCAUCUCGAUAACCUGGCAGCAAUUCUUCACAAGUGCAUGCUCAAUCAUGAUUGGCAGCGCGCCUCGAGGACCUGGGCCCUCAUUCUACGCACCUCUCUCGAUGGCAAUGCGCCCGACAUCAGGCUGCAUGGACGCUGGUUGAUUGCCGCUGAACUCUUGAUGCGACAGCCUAGUGCUGACGACCAGGAACAGCUGUCCUCGGCCUCUGCGCCUGUGUUCUCCGAUGAAGGCUUCAGACUGGCACGAGACUACUACGAGCGUCUCAUCCUGCAGUACCCGCACAGACACAACACCCCACCUUCUGCCUUCAGCGCCAAAGUGGUGUAUCCAGCGCUCUUCAAUGUGUGGAUCUACGAAGUCCAGCACCGCUCGAGGCGUGCUCGAAAAGCCAAUAAUGCCACAGCUCCCGAUGCAUCAGAGCUCGACGAAAUGCAAAGUCUCAAAAGCGACACCUCCGAGCAACGAAAGGCUCUUCAUCAGCUCAAGGCCAGAGAGCUAGCUGACGCUUUGCCCAUCUCACAUCGACUGGAUUCACUGAUCGACGCACCACCAUACGAUUCUAUGGCAGAACUCCUGGAAGUCAGAGCAGCGCUCAGCCUGUGGAUGUCAGACCUA